AUGUUGCCUGGGAUAGGUGUAUUCGGAACGGGCGCAGUGGCCAAAGUAUUAGUGCCAUUCCUUCGUGAAAAGGGUUUUCCUGUGGAAGCUAUCUGGGGUGUGACACUUCAAGAAGCCGAAAAUGCUGCAAAAGAUCUUAAAAUAUCUUUUUUUACAAACAAAAUUGACGAUGUUUUAUUAAAGAAAAAUGUAAACUUGGUAUUUAUAGUAUGUGCCCCCAAUCUACAUGCUCAGAUAUCAGUUAAAGCACUUGGUAUUGGGAAACAUGUAGUGUGUGAUAAACCAGCUGGUCUUUGCCAGGCUGAGGCCCUAAAAAUGGUGCGUGCUGCCCAGUAUUACCCAACUCUAAUCUCCAUUAUAAACCAUUCUCUGCGAUUUUUACCGGCUUUUACCCAUAUGAGGAAAUGUAUAACAGAUGGUUACCUUGGAAAUCCAGGUGAACUAACUUUAAUAGAUGUGAGAGUACAAAUGGGAUCUCUCUUGGGAGACACAUACAACUGGUUAUGUGAUGAUACAAUGGGAGGAGGAACACUUACGUUAGUUGGAAGCCAUGUAAUAGAUUUAGUUUCAUAUUUAAGUGGUCAAAAGGUUGUUAAAGUUCAUGGUAUUCUUAGAACAUUUGUGCAAGAGACUUCGAAAAUUAAUGGUAUAAGAAAAGUUACUGCACCUGACUUUUGUACAUUCCAAUUACAAAUGGAUAAAGGGUUAUUAGUUACUGCAACAUUAAACAACCAUCUGCCUGGUGUGUGUUUUCAUCAAGAGAUUUAUGUUUACAGUAAAAGAGGAUAUUUGGUGGUACGAGGUGGCGAUUUGCAUGGAAAAUUGCAUAAAACUGCAGUUAAAGCUGGUGAAGAAGAAAGUAAAAGAGCACAAGAUAAGGAAGAUGUAAUCUAUGUAGAUAUUGAAGAUUUAAGUUGCACAUCUAGUGUCAUACCAAAGCCAUACAUCAAAGGACUUUGCAAAUUGAUAAGUGCAUUAAAGGAAGCCUUUUUACCAGUCAAAGAGCAAAUGGACUGGAUAAAAGAACCUGUGAGAUCAGCUGCAACAUUUGAAGAUGGGCAGAGAGUACAGGCUACAAUGGAAGCUUUGCGGCUAUCAAAUGAAGAUGGUAGGUGGACUUCAGUCCAACUUCUCACAGAAACUCCAGACCCUAAUCCAGCAUUUUCUGCAGCAGUUAGGCGUACAGCUAUUUCAUUACAGUAG